AUGGUUGCACUUGCAGGCAGGAAUGAUGAUGCCAUUGCUGAGGCGUUGAGGAUGUCGGCUGGCUCCAUUGGUCAGAUUCCUCAAGCGAAUGCUGGUAACCGGAAUGGAGAUGAUGAUGAGUAUCGUGCCUUAGGGAAGUUCCAGAGGAAUAAUCCUCCUGUCUUUGAGUAUAAGCAUGAACCUGAUAAAGCUCAAGCUUGGCUGAAGGAGAUUGAGAAAAUCUUCAGAGUCAUGAACUAUUGUCGUCGGAAGAAAGAAGUGGAGUUCCUUGAGUUGAAGCAAGGAAAUGGUACUAUUGUUGUUUAUGCUGCUAAAUUUCAGGAGCUUAUCAAAUAUUGUCCCCAUUAUAAUACUGCUAAUGCUGAGAGACCUAAAUGCUUUAAGUUUGUGAACGGCUUGAGACAUGAUGUCAAGAAGGCUAUUGGUUACCAACAAAUUACCCGUUUUACUGAGUUGGUUAACAAGAGUCGGAUUUAUGAUGAGGAUAGUAGGGAGAGUCAUCAUGCUGUUGAUUGUCCUAAGGAAGUUGUAACAUGUUUCAAGUGUGGCAAGAUUGGUCACAAGGCAAACAAGUGUGGAAUUGGUGCGGGUGUGACUUGCUACAAUUGUGGUGAGCAAGGGCAUAUUAGUACCAAGUGUACCAAACCGAAGAAGGAGCAAGUUAAAGGGGAAGUGUUUGCAUUGUCUGGUGUGGAGACCACUACUGAUGAGAGGCUAAUCCAAGACCUUAUGGUCAAAGUUGAUAGGUUGUAUUGUGUGGAUAAGCAUGAAGUGAAUAUUGUUGUAUAG